AUGGGGACCAUCGCACCCUUAAAGCCCAUGAUAUUCGAUGACAUGGCCACGCGUCCCCCAUCUCGCCUCGCGCUUAAUUUCAAGAAUAUUCCAUACUCAGCAUCAUCGGCUCCUCUACUCAAAACUUCCCAAUCCAGUCACCCACUCGAUGUGCCUGCUAGUCGCAAACUCGAGAAUAACAGCAAAUCCUACACUCUGCCCAUUCUCAUCGACCCGAACACCAACACAAAACUCGAAGGUUCUUUUGAGAUCGCUACCUACCUCCAACAAACCUAUCCAGCUGCCGGUGCUGGCGACUUAUUUGCUCCUCAAAGAUUGGACUUCAUUGUGACUCGGAGUAAAGACCUCACAUUGUUUGUACUCUUCUUGGAUCAAAAGGAAAUCAUGUAUAAGGAGUACUCCAAAUUCAACGUAUAUGUUGACGCGGUGUUUACCUCUCAUGCCCUCUUGAUGUACCAUCAAGAGCUAUUGGAUCCGGAUACUGCAAAAGGGAGCAAGGCUGAGUUUUUUCGUCGUGUUGGAGAGUCUUGGGCUGACUUUGAAGUCAAGGGUGAGGAGCGUGAGAAAUUGAAGGCGUCUCUCCGGUCUGCACUGGGACAUCUUGGGAGGCUUUUCAAGAGAGAUAUUACUGGACCCUUCCUACUUGGUCAGCGGACUAGCUAUGCGGAUAUCAUUGUUGGCGGAUGGUUGCGUAUAAUGUGUGUGGCUUUGCCGGGUGAUGAAUGGGAGGAGGUGAAGAGCUGGCAUGGGGGUAUAUUUGGGAAUUUGCAUGAUGCCUUGGAGAAGUACACUGAAGUAAAUUAA